AUGUGGUUCAACGCCGGCGGCAGCUGGGGAGCUAGCCUCUCAUCACUCUUUUUGCUCUUCACCCUCAUCCUCAACGUCGCUGCUCAGACCUUUGGAAUCACUCUCGACAAAUCAGCGCGCGACGAUGCACAACGCUUCGUCUACUCCGCCAAGCUUACCUUUGAGCAAGACACGGGAACACUCUUCAACGACGGCCAGCUCUACGGGCUCGCUCGUGCAGCCUUCAACGAAAUGCAGACCAAGUUCAACGCGGAUAAAGUCCGUUUCAACAGACAGCCCGUCAUGAUGGCCGCCAUGGCCCUUGGCAAGGACGUCUAUCUCUCUUCCAACCUCAAGGGUGGCCCAUUCUUGUACACGUACGCCGACUCUCGUCUUAAGCCGCAGGUUGUUGUUGCACUUGAGCGGUGCCAGACUAGCUUGCAGCAGACGGCAAGGCGUGGUGCCACCAUUGAUAGUCAGCACCGGACCCAGGCCAGCUGUGCCGAGGUUGCUGCUGUUCACCAGUACUAUUUGGAUGAUGCCGUGACCGAGGCCGCACGCAACGACCCUCCCCCGACACGUAUCGUUGCCUACGGCAAGGCCGGCCAGGAUGGCCCGAUUGGACCUCAAAACGCAUGCGGUGGUGGUGAUGUUGUACGCAACGGCGUCGUUACUUGGGGAUGCAAGCAGUUCAUGGCUGAUGAACAAAUCACUGUGCCACGGAAACCGACCAAUAAUCUCAACCUGAACCUGCCCAACCCUUUCCCCAAGUUUACCACAACGCAAGUCAGUGUCAUGUGCCCUGGGCAUAAGAAGCCUUAG